GGAGAAGCAAGCAAACAAAGAUAGAAAGCUGGACCUCUCAAACCCUUUUCGUCGGCUCCUUUCACAUGCUUUUUGCGUUGUCCGCUCGACCUUCGUUUUCCCGUACGUUUUGAAAGAUCGAUCGUCUUUUGUGUCUCAAGAUAGAUUCGCGUGUCGAUUACUCCUGUUUUAGUUCUUGCGCUCCUUGUGGGAAGGUGGCGUCGUUGCAGUUCGAGGAACUUCAUUGGCACUGAGCUGAGAGUUGCUUCUUACGUGCAAUUGAAGCCGCGGUGCUGCUCGACGCAGCACUCUAAAGCUUCGAAGGAUAGAGCUAUCAUCUAGCUUUGAGAUCGCCAGAGUUCAAGACAGCGGUUGGAUCCAGCAGUGUUGGAGUCUCGGUCGCACAGCCGUAACAACAUAAAUAGAGAGGGGCCUUUGAGCCACCAGCAUCGCAAAGGGACUUGCACACAAGCAACAUCACGAGACAGCUGAAACACAAUCCUGUUUGUUCCAUUCGCCAAUAUGCCCAGCGAACGCACGCCUCUCCUCUGGUCCUCCUUCGACGCCGACAACAGCGACUAUCCAUCCGACCCGCACGCUCAAUUCUGCAUGAUGACCGGUGCCCCUUCCUCCGCCCCAAAUCCAGAUGGCAAAUCGCGUGCCUCAACAGCGGUGCCGCCCAAGUCCUUGUACGGCAGGGCGACUCGGCAGCUUUCGAACCAGCGAUUUACCUAUUACAUGACCGCCUCGCUGUCCAACACGAUGCUACUGUCCCAGGUCGUCCUGGGCGCCGCAUUGACCGCCCUUGGGGCGUCCGAGUCAAGUCACAUAUUAAUCACCAUUUUUGGAGCGAUGAACACCAUCAUCGCCGGGCUUGUCGCGUAUCUCAAGUCGAGGGGCCAGCCAAUGAGAGCACGAAUGUAUCGGGAUGAUUUGGAGAGGGUGGUCGACGAGAUCGAGAACUCGGAGGUCAUGUGGCUCGGGAUCACUUCCGGGGUCAAUGGCUACGAUGAUAUUGAUACCGGGGAUGGGAAGAGCGGAGAAAGGGGAGCUGGGGCGGUGACGGUAAGGAGUGAAGUGGCGAGGCUGACCCGAUUGUACGAUCGCGCUGUGAGGAACAACACCGUCAACAACCCGGACAUGUACAUGACGGGAGCGGUGGAUGGGAGCUAUGCAGGGGCAACCCUGAGAAGUCGGGCUGCUGUUGGUGGAGGAGGGCAGACUGCUGCAUUGCCGAUGCCAGUGCCAGCACCUAUAACGGCGCCCUCCGUUGGGAUCAGCCCAGGCCCAGCGGCCGUUUCUGCUCCAGCACCCGCACCGGUUCAACAGCCGGUCCCGGAUCCAGAUGAGAGUCCGGCAACCGCACCACCGAAGCCCAAGGAGGACAAGAACACGGGGGAAAAGAAAGAGGCGGAGACAAAGGGCAAGGAGAAAGAAGCCAAGGAUGUGAAGAGUGAUGGAGCACCGUCCGAUGCAGGCGACUCGAAACCGGAAAAGAAGGAGGGAAAGGCAGCCGACGAGCCACCGCAGAAGGAACAGGAACAGCAGCCAUCACCACCACCACAGCCGCAACCACAACAUGAUCCCGACGCAGAGCCUGCCAGUGACCCGAACGUGCCCUUGAAGAAAGUCGCCGGUGAUGCGGCGGACGGCGAGAAUUAGGUCUCAUUCAGCUCAUCUGACGGUCAGUGAAAGGGCCGAAAGAGGAGGACAAGGUCACGGUGGUAGAGAGGGCGUGCGAAGGAAGAAUCCCGAACAGGUGGGUUUGGUAUUGUAUUCGUCUUUGUACUUUCUGGUUCAUUGCGCAAGUGUAUACCCCCUUGGGAGUUAGUGCUCUAAGCUUUAAUGUGAUGGUAUUGAGGGUACAGUUUGCUUUCGACAGAGGACAAAGAGACGCAGAUGGAUGAGCCAUACAACGCCCUACUAAUGAGCAUACACAUGUGGCAUCUUGGCUGCCUCUGCAUCGCGUAUCAUCUCCCCCCAAAUAUCAACCGGUCGAAUGCCUCAUGCUCAGCACCGGAUUGUAUGCCUCUCUCCAUUUCUUGGAAACCAUCUCCGCAAAGCCAACGCCCGCCUCCUUGAUCUCCUUUGCCGGCUUCUGCAGGAUUUCCAGCGUCUUGUUCGUGUACUCGUCCAGCUCCAUGGGCGUCACCACUUUGUCCAAUCGGUUCUCGGCGUCGAGGUCGGUGCGCACGUACGGC